AUGCCGCCUGUGAGAAAGAAGUUGAGGAAGUCACUAGAUUCGUCUUUCUUCGAGCCCAAGCCUCUGAGAGGCCGAGGAGACUCUUCGGCAAAUUCCGAGACUUCCCAGCUUGAUGCGGGCGGGAGCUCGAGCGCAGAGUAUGUCCCCGAAGAGGGAGAUGAGCAGCUAGAUACAGACACAAAGAUUGCAAUUCUUGCAUCCCUCCACCCAUCGAUAUCAACAGCAGCGCUCAUGGACAUCUUACUAUCCACCAACGGCUCCAUAAAAACUACCAGCCAACUCCUAGCCGCCGGUCAAACCACCUCCCAAGCAAGAAGACCCCCUUCAACAACCAACCAGUCCUCGCUCGAAUCAUUUAUCUCAACUCAAAGUACCUCAACUACGGCCUCAGCGCCUGCCUCCGCACCAAAACCCCCACCAAAAGGCCAAACUCUGCAUCUCUACACCCCAGCCUCAAUAGCCCUGCACACACCCUGUGUCCUCCACACAACCUUCCUCCCACCGCCUCUCGCAACAACCCUACUGCAAGAACUCCUCCAGGAAUCAACCACCUUCCCACCCCCGGGCAAAUUCAACCUCUUCUCUCGCACUGUGCGAUCCCCCCACCGCAGCGUAAUGUACACCACAACCCCGGCGACGACGCCAUACUACUACCAAGGCAUAACCCUGCCUCCCCCGCGCGCAUUCACCCCCUCUAUGUCGACGGCGGCAGGGCUAGUCGAGAAGUAUUUUCGCACACUAGAACCCCGUGGGCGGAUCACGGCUGCUCUAGUGAACUGCUAUGCGGGCCCGCAACAAGGCGUGGGUUUCCACACCGAUGCAUUAACAUACAUUGGGCCCCGGGCCGUAAUCUGCACGCUCUCACUAGGCGUCACCCGGGAAUUCCGCAUCCAGAAGCAGCCACCUAGUUCCCAUUCCUCGGGUACCUAUGCUAUCCACCUUCCGCACAAUAGCUUGCUCGUGAUGACCGCCGGGAUGCAGGAGAAUUGGAAGCACUCCAUUCCCCUGGUUCAGAGGGUUGAUCAACAUGAGGUUUCGGGAGACAUUAGAAUUGCCAUCACAUAUCGGUGGUACAGGGAUGAUUAUGGCCCUGAGGUUACGCCGGCGUGUGGCUGCGGUGGGAGGAUGGUGCUUCGCCCUGUGUGGGGUGGUGAGAAAUAUUUCUGGAGCUGCGAUGGGGAGUAUAGAGGUGUUGGACAGGGGUGCGGCUACUUUAAGUGGGCGGCGUUUGGCGAGGGGGGGAGGCCAGUGUUCGAGGAUGAGAAGAGUAAGGCGGUGGGGAGAAGCAGUGGAGAAAAGGCUUCUAGUUAGAAAUGUGGCGUGUAUAAUAGAUUAAUAGUUUAAUGAAUCAUGUUAAUGGCGAAAUGCGGUAGAUUACACUUAUGUAAACUAUUGCGACCUGAGCUUCAACUCCAAAAAAACAAAGGGAAGGUGAGACUAUCAG